GUGGUGUGGUGUGUGUUCCAUGUGUGCUCACAUAUGUUUCAAGGAUGGAACGAAAUAAAGGGUAUUAUUAUACCUAUGGGCGCUGCAUGGAAAGAAUCGACUUCAAGCGGUCUUCGUCUCCCCCGCCGCCCCCCCCCCCCCCCCAACCAUCGGGUCGUGACAGAGCCCUUGGCUAUUGGAUAAAAUGGAUUUCGGAGGUCUAUCUCAAUACUCAAUAGUCAAUCUAUGUAGUCUGCAGACCCACCCUACUCACUCUGAGUUCUGACUGAGCGUGAGUACCUCAAGGGUCAUUCCCAUCCUAUCGGACCUCACCGCAGAUCAAAACUGUCUUUACUUGGUGCCUACUGCCUAGCCGGUAUGCCUACAGCUUACACGUGGCUGUGCUCUCUGAUCGAGCAUUGUUGGAAUUUGGAAUUUGUAGCAGGACAUCAAACAAAACGCAAAAGACAUGUCGACUGUCGUCCAAUAUAUUCCAUUUUCCCAUACUUCUGCGCAAUCAACGCACAAGAAGUUGUUUGUUUGUUUGUUUAUUUGGCCUUGGCAAUCGUUUCCCGUUUGUUGAUUGUAAUCGAUGGAAGGCUGGAUGAAAUAUGUAAACAAACACAAAUUUACGUUGGGUUAAUGACGUCAUAAUAAAAAAUUCUCGUUUGUAGAGCUUGUUACGAUCAUUAUGGCGUAAAUCUUUGAAUAAAAUUAUUUUUAGAGAAAGGUUCAAUUUCUAUUAUAAGAAAUGAAAUCCUUUUUGUAUGAACAUAAUUAUAAAACUUGUAUUUAUACGUAAUACAUGCUUCUUUUUUUAAUUUAUCCUCGCAAUCUAAUCGAACACACGCGGCCUUGAACACACGUGCAUCUCGGCGGCGUCUGUGUGCUGUGGAGAGCGGGGUAGAGCCGUUCGUUGAGGCAGCAUUGUUAUGCUUUUAUCGAAGCUUUUAUCAAAGCCUUCAGCUACAACUGCUGUGCAGGUGACAGACAUGAGUCAGCCACAGGAAGGACCAGUUUUAGCUAAAAUUGAGUGGAACGACAAAGAAUAUUUAAUGCGCCAGAAACGUAUCACUCUUGGCCGGCAUAGCUCUAAAGGAGAUGUAGACGUUGAUCUGGGCGAUUCCAGCUUUAUUUCGCGUGUUCACCUCGAAAUAAUUUUUAAGGAACCCGAUUUCUUCAUGAAGUGUCAUAGCAAGAAUGGUGUAUUUGUUGAUGACGACUUUCAGCGGCCUAGUGACGGACUUCAAAUUAUCCCAUCAAGAUGCAUGAUCGGUUUCCCGAGCACUGGGAUGUUCAUGGUGUUUGUAUCUCAAGUCAACAUCUCAGUGGACACAGACCCAUCUUUUCAGCAGGCCAUUGCGACAGGUCCCGCAACCUCUCCAACUGAUAUUGUUAGCACAUCCAGUAGCCGCGCUGUGAGCCCCUCACAGCUGGGAGACGUCAUUAUUCUCGAGGAGAGCAGUGGCGAACCAACCACCCCGCUACUGCAUCACAGUUACAGCAGCGACUCGAGGGGCGCGGCGCAGGAGCGGCGCGGUGACGCGGCCGGCGAGCACCGACCUCAGGACCGUCGCUCCAAGCCGCCCUACUCGUACGCCCAGCUGAUCGUACAGGCCCUAUCGACUUCUAAGGACGGCCAGCUGACACUGAGCGGUAUCUACAGCUACAUAACGCGCCACUACCCCUACUACCGCACCGCCGACAAGGGAUGGCAGAACUCAAUUCGCCACAACCUAUCGCUGAACCGAAGCUUCACGAAGGUGGCUCGUAGUCAUGAGCACCAGGGCAAGGGCGGCUUCUGGCGCGUGAAGCCGCAAGCGGAAGGCACUCUGGUGGAACAGGCCUUCCGGAGGCGCGGCCGGGGCGCCGCCAAUGGAUCUGGAGCGAGGAAUGGAAACGGCGUCGGCUCGGACGCGUCACCCGACUCUCCGAUGGUUCUGGGAGGGGACGGCGCCAGUCCGCCCUACCUCCAGUCCCGUGAGUCGUCUCCCGCCGCGGUGGCGCCGGUACAAUUCCAGCAGAUGACACAGCAGUGGCGGACGACCCCCGGGGUGGCUGAGCAGAAUGGCGAGCAGAAGAAUGGAGUGCUGGGAGUGCAGCCGCAUAACGGGACCGUAGCGGCGACAGUGAUCCUGGCUCCUGGCACCACAGUGGCGGGGGAGGUGGCUAGAGCUCGGCUGGUACCCCUCAACGCCUCCGCGGGUUCAUUAGUGACGUCACCGGUGUCAGAGGAUGACGUCAUCAUCGAGCCGGCCGACCUGAUCUCUUCCGACGAAUGUCCUGUCGUACCGGAACACUCGGAGCCCGACACCCUGACCAGGGGUCCCUCAGGGGACAAUGGUGUCCCCCAGAGGGCACAGACAGCGGAGCGGUGCUAGCACUGCUAGCACUGCUAGACUCAGUGCUGGCAGAGGGCUGGAAAGGUCCACUAACAGUGCUUGGCGACUCUCUAAAGUGCAUCGGUCAUACUGCGUCAAUGACUGUGCCAUUCGCUACGUUACUGACUUUGCCACUGAUAAUGUAGCUAACUGCUUCACUGAUUCUGUCGCAGAAGAACUCAGACACCGAUCUUAAUUGGAGCAGAAAGGAAGGGCCAAGAGCUGUAUGGCGUUAUCUGACCGCUCUUUUAGUUCCUAACGUCUUUCUCAUAGAUGAACGUUCGAGCGGGAAGCGCCCGUGGGUCUAGUUUGCAACGAUCAAAGAAAAGACAUCGUGCAUGUGACUUUCUUACACGCCUGCUUUGUGUUCUCUAUUUACGCUGAUGUCAUUCAUUCGUUUCACCUUUUGUUGCUCUCAUACUGUGUGCUGUUUACACCUACCGACUGCACUUGUUUUGAACUUGUGCUAUGAAUCGUUCAUUUGCACGCACGUAAGUUAGAAUACUCAGACCACAGGCCGUUUAGAAUGCGUGCUGUCUUACGAGGUGCUGAUGUACAGAGGCUCUAACCGUCUCACGGUCCUACGGGCUUUCUUCCAAAGACUGUGAAGACAGGAAAGACAAGGGUUGGAAGUGAGUGGCUGUAUUUAUUUUGUACAUCAAGGUUUGUGUGAAAGUUGGCCCGGAGAGUUGGAUCUCAGGGGGCUACCCGACCGCCAUCUGCGGCGCUACGUUAGACCAGAACUAGCAGUUCUUCGUCUAGCCGCGUGGCGUAAGUUUCCCAGUUAACGCGAACUGACUCAGCGAAUAGACUGGAGAAAACCUCGCAAUACACACUUUUGUACAAACA